AUGAUCGCGCCUCCCCUAGUCGUUCCCCGCCUAAUCGCGCCUCCCCUCGUCGUUCCCCGCGUUGUCGCGCCUCCCCUCCACUCGUCGCGCCUCUACCACUCUCAUCGCGCCUCCCCUGCUGUGUCGCGCCUACCCUCCCCUCGUCGCGCCUCCCCUCCCCUUGUCACGACUCCACCCUUCUCUGAUCGCUCCUCCCCUCUCCAGGUCGCUCCUCCCCUGGCCGCCCUCUCCUCUUCGCGGCUCUUAUCGAGAGGUGAGGCCUCACCUCUCCUUCCCUCGUGGCCUCACAUCUCUUUCCCUCGCGGCCUCACAUCUCUUUCCCUCGUGGCCUCACAUCUCUUUCCCUCGCGACCUCAUCUCUCCUUCCCUCGCGGCCUCACCUUUCCCUCCCUUGCGGCCUCACCUCUCCUUCCCUUCCCCCUGUUCCUGCCUCUUCCCGCCCCUUCCCGCCCCUUGCCGUCCCUUGCCGCCCCUUCCCGCCCCUUGCCGCCCCUUGCCGCCCCUUCCCGCCCCUUGCCGCCCCUUGCCGCUCUUGCCGUCCCUUUCCGCCCCUUCCCGCCUCUUCUCUAUUCCCCUACCUUCCCUGCACAUUCGUUCCCUUACCCGCCCCUCUCCCACCUUUCCCUACAUCCAGCUCCUUUCCCUCUGCUGCAAAAGCCUCCUAUUCCCUUUCCUGGCCUUCAAGUGUGGGUGGUUGUGGCAGAGCCAGUGGUGCUAGAGUGGGCCAGAGGGGCGAAACUAUCAGCACACCUGCAGCCAUUUUCAGCAACUCUUACUGAAGUGAACGGUGGAGUUGAGGAGUACACAGCCAUUCUUCCUACCUCGUGCUUUCAAAAGCUCAUGGAGGUGAUCAGCGAGAAAGAAGCCAUGCGGCAGUGGUCGCGCAAGCAGCACUGCCAGGGGCGCACAGUGGCACUGGUGCCCACCAUGGGGUAUCUACACGACGGCCACCUCUCUCUCGUGCGCCUGGCGGCCACACUGGCAGACGUGGUGGCUGUAUCCAUCUACAUCAACCCCUCGCAGUUCGCCCCACACGAAGACCUCCUUUCUUACCCACGCGACCUCGCCCGUGAUCUCGCUCUUCUCAAGGACCUGCCAGUGGCAGCAGUGUUUGCCCCAGCGGACCUGUACCUGCGCCCUCUCUACGCACCACCCGACCAGCGCCACGCCGUCGCGGAGCCCCCUGCAGCAGCGCCCGCCCCUGGCGGCGCUGCAGAGAGCGCAGCAGCAGCGAGCGCAGCGGCGCCAGCAGGGCACGAGACGUGGGUGACGGUGGAGCGGCUGCAGCGGCCGCUGUGUGGGGGCGGGCGGCCGGUGUUCUUCCGCGGUGUGGCGACAGUGGUGGUGAAGCUGCUUCACAUUGUGGAGCCGGAUGUGGCCGUGUUCGGCAAGAAGGACUACCAGCAGUGGCGCCUCAUUCAGCGCAUGGUGCGUGAUCUGGACAUGGCAGUGGAGGUGGUGGGCGCGCCGCUGCUGCGUGAGGCGGAUGGACUGGCCAUGAGCAGCCGCAACGUGCGCCUCACCCCCGAGCACAGGCAGCAGGCUCUCUCCAUCAGCCGAGCGCUUCUGGCAGCCAAGGCAGCAGUGGAGGGUGCUCACAGCGGUGCGGGCGAGAGUGAGCGAGGCGAGGGGCACGCACAGGCGGCAGAGGCGAGCGCAGUAGUGGAGAGAGUGAGGCACACGGUUGAGGAAGCAGGAGGGCGAGUGGAGUAUGUGCAGUUGGUGGAGCAGGAGAGUCUGGAGCCUAUCUCGCACAUCACUCGCCCCGCUGUGCUUGCAGUGGCAGCCCAUUUCGGAUCAGUGCGUCUCAUAGACAAUGUGGAGAUCGAUGUUCAUGCAUAG